AGUUUCCAGCCCCUUCGAAGACUCCCCCCACAAUGAAGCUGUUUCUGCCUGCCUUGUUUCUGCUCGGGACUUUGUGUGUGAAUUUUGCUCACUCCCUAGAAUGCCACGUAUGCUGCGGGCCUGAGAGCUGCCGGGCUCCUGUCGAAUGCUCCCCAACAGACAAGUACUGUCUGAUUACCAGGGCAAUCAACUCAAUCAACCCAAGCCAUAUCCUGGUGAUGAAGUCCUGUUCCCCAACGUGCCCGAACAGCACCAUCUCAAAUGAUGGACAUGCCAUUUCUGUUACCUGCUGCCAAGGAAAUAGAUGCAAUGGAAAGGGGGUCGCAGAUGCUUCCACCAGCCUAGUUAUCAGUCGAGGGGUUCUGUUGGUGUCUGUCUCCACAAGCCUCCUAUGGAUGCUCCUCAGAGCUUCCUGGUGAGGAGGUUUUCCUUGUCCCUACCCCCUCCACUGUCCCUAAAGUUUUCUGUUCCCAAGAUCUCUUUAUUUAGGACAGUACCUCCAACACUGAAGGACAAAUUUCCUCCCAGGAAAAAAGACCCACAGGACAGGGUCUUGCCCCUUCCCCCAGAUCCUUCAGGAAAUCUAAAAGGGGCAUUCUGUCCAGUGGGCUGGUUCCUCAGGUAUGAGCCUGGACAACUCCCAGUAUUACCAUUUCUCUUUUACCUUUUCUCUUCCCUUUCUUAUUUAGGGUGUUGAUCUUUUCCUUUCUGUUUUUCUGCCCCACUGAAGAUGAAUUAAAAAAGGUUCUCUGUUUGGGGGUGGUAUAGCCACCCUCAGGAGGGGGAGGGGAACUAUGAGAUUUUAAUGUUUUAAUUAAAUAAUCACUUCCCUCUCUCUUCUUCUCUACCUCUGUCCCACUAAACACUGACCCUCUUUCCCCUCUUUAAUCUUUGAGAGACUCAAUGUAGCCCCUCCUACAAGGCCAAUCAGAGUGAUAAAUGUGGCCUCACUGAAAAUAGCAACUUUUAAUCAUGGCCACCCCUUUAAAUGGAUCACCCCAUCAUCAUGUGACCGUGUGGCUUGGAGACAGGAUGGGGGAUGGAGAUGAAGGGUAUAUGCUUUCCUACAACCAUCCUAUGAGCAAUAUUGGGGGGGGAACAAGGGAAAGGGUAGAAGCACCUCAGGCAAUAAGUUUUCCCUAGAAGCUGAGGAGUUGGGAUUAGGGUGAAGGGUGCCACAUUGCCUGGAUCAGAGAGUCCACCUUGAUAUUCCCACCUACCUCACAGGGAUGUUGUGAGAGGAAAAAAUAAUAAAAAUACU